CUCUUCCUGUUUGCGUCAAAUUAGAAACCGACACCAGUGAGAGAAUAACAUUCGAACAAAAACUUUCAUUAUUUUAAAUUAAAAUGAGUGAACAAGAAGAAGUAGUUUUGAGAUACAUAAUCAACAUUUUAAACGCGAAUCUUCUAGAACCAGUGACGAUACUCAUCAAAGAGUUGAAAGCUAAAGAACUAGUUGCGAAGCUGCUACCUGAGCUGAUCUUCAAUAAGUGUUUGUCUGAUGAUGAUUUCAUGAUAUUUGAAAUCGGUAUCAAAUUGUGUCAGAACUUGAUUGUUGCAGUGCCGGAUCUUCGCGCAACCUUUGAAAAGUUCUGUGAAGAAUUAUUUCCUAUGUUUUGCAUUAGGCUUGAACACAGUGUAGGUGGUGAAUUUACAAGACACAAAGAAAAGUUCAUUAAACUCAUUGGUCAGCUUUAUGCGUACAACAUUUGUUCUAAUAGGAGGUAUAUCAGCGAAGUUGCCAUUUUUUUUAUGAAUCAAGGCGAUGAGGUUCACAUCGAAUAUCUACGAAGCUUAUGUUUACAACUAGCUCGUUGCCAGAAAGCAGAUACAUUACAUCAUAAGGUUCAGAAACGUAUGGACAAGAUGAAAAAUGAUAGUACUCUUGACACAAGAAUUAGAAACCUAAUUGAUGAAGCUCUCGUUGCUAUUCAGAAUAAACCCGUUGCAACACAAAAUAAAUCCAAGAAAUCAACAUAA